AUGUCUACUGCCGGAGAAAAAGUUCUUUCUACAGCCGAUGAAGUGAGAAGAUGUAAAACAACAGAACAACUAAUAGAGUUUUUGGGCAAGCAAGACUUAGGACUGGAUGAUGAUGAUUUCAAAAUUAUUCAUGAACAAAAAAUUAAAGGCCGGAAUUUUCUCAGCUUGAACGUCGAUGAACUUAUGCAAGAUGGUUUAAAAAGAGGACCGGCUAAAACCAUCGCUGAAUUUAUUGAAAAAAUCAAGGGCGAAGGACAGG